GAAGAGGCUUCAACGUUUCAGUUGCUUUCAAAAAAUCGUGCACUCUUCAAGCUCGAGUUCGAUAAACACGGAAUUAUGUCUUAUAUUGGCAACGUCUCGGAUCUGGAAUGUGAAAAGAACGAGUUCCCCAGGCCGCGUCCUGCGGGCAUUGUCACCAAAAUGGCCGCCCACAAGUUGUCGUCGGAGCCGAAGUGGGCCGACAAGCGGGAGGAUGAUUCCGACUCCGAAGUUUCCUCGCCCGACAAUUUUCUAACCAAAGGCGCCUUUCUGCUGACCCCGUCCUAUGAACUGUCCAUGGAACGCGCCGCAUUGAUAUGCGAGAAGAUGAGCUUCAAGGGCUGCUUCAGCUUGACGAAGACGGCGACAGGAAUUCUGUUCAAGUUCUCACAUCCGGAUGAUUAUCAGGCGGUGUUCAAGAAGGGAUUCCACAAGGUGACCGGAGCCCGAUUCUAUCGCAAACAAACAUUCUCGCGAAGCAUUGCCAUACCGUGUCGGCCGCGGAAGACCUUUACGCUGUACGUGCUGGAUGUGCCGGAGGAUUUGCCCGUGGAGGAUAUACGGCAUGCCAUGUACAAGUUCGACUCGGUGGUUGAGGUCGUCCGCCUUCACAUCUAUUCCAGCCCCAGCCAGGCGGGCGGCGGCGCGGACAAGGUUGAAGGUGAGCAGCUGAUCCAGAAAGCAGCAUCUUCGCUUCCGCACCCGAUCCCGAUCCCGGGCCAGACGCUGCGCCGUGCGGCCAUGCGAAGCAGCAGCAGCAGCAGCGCCAAAAGCCUCAUCGGCAGCGGAGCCGGAGGCGGCGGCGGCGGCAUUGUGGGCGAUGCCAUCGAGAAGGCGGAGCGUCCGGAGCGGCGCGAGCUGCCGCCAGCCGUUAUACGGAUCACGCUGGCCUCCAUGGAUGAGUACAACAUUUUGCUGCAGAACGGCCUCAACUUCUACGAUGCCACGUUCUUUCCCACCGAGGCGAACAUCUCCCUGAAAGGCGCCAAAAUUGACUACAAGCGUCGCAUGCUGGAUGGCUCAAUACCGGGGCGUGUGCGCGAGCUGCUGCCCGUAUUCGACGCAGCUGGCUUCUGCAAGCUGCCGGCGCCCACGAGCAAGCUAAUUAAGCCGCCGAGGUCAUAAGCGACGACAGAGACGACAGAGACGAAGACGACCCCACAUGUUCCGGCUAGAUAAGCAGCCAGUCCCGACCCCAAAACCCAUUGACGACAAUUCUCUAUUCGAUUUUUGAACGGAUGCUUCGAACGUUUCCGCUGCCAACAACAACUAUAAUAAUUCCUAUUUUGGCUAAAAUCAAAAAAAAAAAAAAAAAAAAACCACCUAAACAAACAU